AGAGAGAGAGGAGAGAGAGGAGAGGGAGAGUACAGCUGACACAGAGGGGGAGACAGGGAGCGAAAGAGGGGGAGAGAGUAGCUGGUCAGCGGGCUGAUCCACACAGACACGCCGCCUGAGAGGCUCCUUCUGCGGCCACAGAGAGACACUGACCCCGGGGCCGAGGAACCAGGCUGGAGCUCCGGAUCCGAGGGGAACUUCUGCUGCCUUUGGAGGAGGAUUAUUACCCAAACACACACACUAUACACACACUGCACACACACACUGCUGGAUUUACACACUUCUUGGAUGUAGGAGGGGGCUCCGGAGCUGCAGCGGGAAACAUGUGUCUCUCCUGGCUGACCGCCGGAGCACUUCUGCUGGGAACUUUGUGUGCAGGUGUGACCUGGGGGCAGCCGGACUCCACGGAGUGUGUGUACUACAACGUGAACUUCGAGCUGGAGAAGACAAACCGGAGCGGGACGGAGCGCUGCGAGGGCGAGCAGGACAAGCGCUCCCACUGCUACGCCUCCUGGAGGAACAGCUCGGGGAACAUCGAGCUGGUGAAGAAGGGCUGCUGGCUGGACGAUUUCAACUGCUACGACAAGCAGGACUGCGUGGCCACAGAGGAGAGUCCUCAGGUGUUCUUCUGCUGCUGCGAGGGAGACUUCUGCAACGAGAUGUUCAAACACCUGCCCGGCCCGCCGAUGAAAGCCCCCCCGCCCAGUGUGGGGGUCCUGGCCCUGAUGCUGUACUGUUUCCUGCCCGUCACUGCCUUAUCCGUCCUGCUGCUUAGCGCCGUCUGGAUGUACCGCCACCGCAAACCCCCCUAUGGACACGUGGACAUCACCGAGGACCCAGGCCCCCCUCCUGGUUCCCCCCUGCUGAGGCUGCGUCCCAUACAGCUGCAGGAGGUGAAGGCGAGGGGGAGGUUCGGCUGCGUCUGGAAGGGCCAGAUGAUGAGCGAGAGCGUCGCCGUCAAGAUCUUCCCCAUGCAGAAUAAGGACUCUUGGCAGACUGAGACCGAGGUGUUUGUGUCUCCGGGGAUGAGGCAUGAGAACCUCCUGAGGUUCAUCGCAUCGGAGAGACGGGGGAAUCACCAGGACGCCGAGCUGUGGCUCAUCACUGAGUACCACGAGAGGGGCUCUCUGUCGGACUUCUUGAAGGGAAACAUCGUCAGCUGGUCUGAGCUGUGUCACAUCUCAGAGACCAUGGCCUGUGGCCUCGCUUACCUCCACGAAGACAUCCCCAAGAUCAAAGGGGAGGGGCCCAAACCCGCCAUCGCUCACAGGGACUUUAAGAGUAAGAACAUAAUGCUGCGAUCGGACCUCUCGGCGGUGAUCGGAGACUUCGGCCUCGCCGUUCGCUUCGAGGCGGGGGAGCCUCCGGGGGACACACAUGGACAGGUGGGCACCAGGCGGUACAUGGCUCCGGAGGUUUUAGAGGGAGCCAUCAACUUCCAGAGAGACGCCUUCCUGAGGAUCGACAUGUACGCCGUGGGGCUGGUGCUGUGGGAGCUGGUGUCGCGCUGCCGGGCCGUGGACGGUCCGGUGGGAGAGUACCUGCUGCCCUUCGAGGAAGAGGCGGGUCAGCACCCGUCUCUGGAGGACCUGCAGGACGUGGUCGUCCACAAGAAGCUGCGGCCAGUUCUGAAGGAGCUCUGGCUCAAACACAGCGGUCUGGCUCAGAUCUGCGAGACGGCGGAGGAGUGCUGGGAUCACGACGCCGAGGCUCGCUUGUCGGCGGGCUGCGUGGAGGAGAGGAUCUCUUCCAUCCGCCGCCUCAACGCCAGCACGGUGCUGCCGCCGCCCUCUGACCUCAACGCCCUGCUGGUGACCACGCUGCCACCACCCGUCACCAUGGUGACCAACGUGGACCUGCUGCCCAAAGAGUCCAGCAUCUGAACAACUUCCUGUGAACACACACACACACACACACCCACACACAUUUUUCUCAGUGGAAAUACGGUGACAGCAGCUGCUAUUAAACUCUCUGGACUUUUUCUUUCGUUCCUCGUCCUCUUCGGGACAAAUACUACCAGCACACAUCCUCGUUUCUACUCAGAGUCAUUGAUUCUUAUUUUUUUAAACAAACACAGGAAAACCCGACUGAAAGCAUCCAGGUCCGACUCAGUGAAUGCUCUUAUCUCCAGGUACCUCAGCGACGACUCUCUUUACUUUCGCAGAUUUCGACCGUUUACUCUCAUCUUCUAACUCUGGAUUUAUCCUCCAUUGACUUACCGUUUUUUACUACGAUGCUGCAGAAGACUGUUACCCAACAAAUACAUUCUGGUUUUCUACAUCUCUCUUGGAUUUUAUUUGCCAACGCUACGAUUCACACGCAACAAACCUUCGGAUCCAACGGGUUGCAUCCCAACAAACAGGAAAUGACGUCAGAGGGAAAGAGGUGGGAAAAACAACACCCAGUUUGGACGGUUUCCUCUCGUCUUCAUGUUCAGAUUCGAGGUUGAAGACUGAGCUUUUCAGGAAGUAAAUGUCUCUGAUUGGCCGACGACGAACAGCCCCAGUGUUUGGUUGGCUCGGAAAUACAACUUCUCAGGUAACCUACAAAAAGGAGGGUCGGGGGGACGAUUUUAAACGUGACACGAAACACGAUUUCCCCGUUGAGAAGAGCCGCGGCCAACAGCAAGUGGGAGGGGCUUAUCUGAGGGUGCUCAAAGCCUAUUGGCUGUCCUGAACAUGUAAAUUAGCAAAGGUGCCGAAACAUGAGGAAACAUGUUCCUCUAAAAACGGUGCAAGACCCCGUGAUGCAUAGAGAUGCAUUCAGGUCGGUGUGUGUGUGUGUGAGAGUAAGUGUGUGUGGGGGGGGGGGCGGUACAAUGUAAACACACAGUGUGACUUUAGAUUUUAUACUGUCCAUGCUGAUUGAUUUAUUGUGUCUUACCUUUGACCUCCACCAACAUCGCCCCCUUGUGGUUGAGCUUCACCACUGCAGGAAUCUGGAGACUACGUUUACAUGCAGGGCAUAUCCAGUCUUUAGCACUUAUUCUGACAAAAACAACUUUUUUUUAGCUGUUUAUAUGUUUUAUGAUAAUUAGCAUUCUCUAAAGUCGUAAAACAGUCGUAAAUCAUCACAGAAACUGAAAAAUAAAAUGUUCAUUAUAUAGAAUAAUAUAGAAUAAACGUGCAAUAUUAGCGUGGAAGUAAAAGGGUAAAGUUUUAGUGUAAUUUAUUGACAUUAAAAAGUGAAGACACACACCCUGUACCUGUAAACUUCACUCCCGACUCAGUGGUGCGAAGGUCGGAGUCGGUGGAGGUCAACGGUCAUCUCUUGUUCUUUUUAUAUUUCCAUAAACCGGGACCAAAGCUGCUGCAUACGGCUGCUCAGAGUCCAGUUCAGAAACUUAACAACCCGCGUCAUUACCAACAAUAAGAACUGGAAACAUUUGUAUGUUUGUUUGUUUGUUUGUUUCUGUGAUGCCAUACGUGUAAACAGUGAAUGUCUACGAUGCUGCUGAUGAUGAUGAGGUCGACUCAAAGAUGAAUAUAUUUCUGUAUUUUCCUUUUUAUUGUUGGUUUGAACACAACGCUCUGUCUCUGUACCAAGUCAGGGAAGUGGAGAGGAGGCGUUCGAGGAGUGUCGGGCGUUCCAGCGCUUAGAGAGGAAUGAUAGAAAGCCAGGAGAAAAAAAACCAUGUCAAACAAUAUACUCAUGAACCACAGAUCACCUCAAACACCAGAGAUACCUCAGACUUUUCUACCUUCUGUUUCUAUAUUUUAUUCUAGUCACAUGAUAUUUUAUUGUGAGCUUUUUAUCCGUUGGUUUUCUUUUUUACAUAAAAUCUCCAAACUGAUUGAAGAAGAGUUGCUACAGCGAGACUCGAACCUCCGACCUGUAAAUAGUAAAUAAAGUGUUUGUUUUUUAGACUGAACUGAACUGCCGAUAUCAUAAAAGCACCUGGACUGAGCUGGACUUCUAGUAUCUGUUGUUAACGUUUAUUAUCUGGAAUCGUCGCCUUGUUACCUUCCUGCCUAUCCUUUCCUUCUCAUUAGUCGUGUUUCCUUUGACCUGUCAGGUGAAUCAUAAGCCCUAACCUUAACCUUUGCUCAUCAACAUCUUGAUUUUUGAACUUGUUUUAGCCGUAACCUAGUACUUUUGUUGCCUUCUUUUGCUCCAAUCUCUACUCUUAUCUCCUUUCCUUUCCACUUGUGUCUUUUAUUCUACUUAACUAGCCUUUUCACUUGUUUCCUUACCUCCUAGUCUCCUUUCCUUUACUUGUCUUGUCUCUUCUGACCUUCCUUUCUCCACCAUCUUUCCUUUAUCUUUUUAAAUGUAAUCUUUCGUCUUCCAGUUGCAUUUAAUUUAAUUACCUCCACACCUCUUCACGUGUUUCCUUUCCUUCUCUCCUACCUUAAUUUGCUUCCUUCUUUUCUCCUUCCAAUGAAUGUAAAAGUUUAAUAAUAAAAUACAUUAAAAAUAUCCGAUUAAAACAGAAGGAAAUUAUCAUGAUGGUUAGUUAAGAUUCUGGACAUUAAUCUGAGAAAACCUGCAAUAAUUUAAUUUCUAUUAUUAUAUUCUAAAUGUAUUUUUGUACCCGUGCAGGGGUUGUUGUUCUCAGACGAUGUUGACUCAGAUCCAGGUGUUUUACAGGUGUUUUUCAGGAACAUAUUACCUCAUUAAAGCCACACGGGCAGAAACGUGAGCUACAUAGGCGGUGAAGGCGGGAAAGCAACAUUAUCGUUCAGGAAGCGAAAAACCCUGCGUCAUUUUCACAUGUCUGGUUUAAUAACUCACUUAUACAAAAGGGAAACUUUCAAAAAGUGUGGUGCUCUAGGGGGGAUGCUACUACAUUUAGCAUUUAGAGAUCAGUUAGCAUUGUUAGCAGUGAAACCAGCGGGUACGAAAGAAUAAAGGGGACCAAUGUGUUGAAUGCUAACAGUUCUAAAAGUGCUAACUUACUCAAGUGCCAACACAGUAACUCAAAACAUCCUCAUGUAGAUAAAACAACACAGUGAGAGCUAGCUUGUGCAGUUAGCAUCGCGUUGGCUAACAUAUCACACUUACAGUGAAUAGUACUGACUUCACUGACUAAAUACACAACGAGGUGAGACUUUAUUGUUGAAAGGAAAUACUAUGCCUUCGUCCUCCCGCUCAAACUUAAAUAGGAUGUCUUAGUAGAUGUGAGGAGCUCUAAAGCUACGUCAGCUUCAAACUACACAAAAUUGCUAGCUUUUUUUUUUACCACUUGCACUUUAAAAGUCCUGCAAACAAAAACAAUGCUGGACUUAAAUGUUUAUAUCUUAACAAAAGAGUAUUUGGAGGCUGUUGUAUACAUCUGACUUUUUUAUUGUUUCAGAAAAAGUGAUAAAUACACAGGUUCGAUUGUUAGCAUAGCUACAUAACUAGCUGCAGAACGUAGCAUUUUGGCUAAAAAAAACUCACUAGAAAAAUGAACACUAAACGGGACUUUGCUUUGUUUAUCUGACCUUAGUUUAAGGUGUACAAAGGUAAACAAACACGCUAUAUAAACCACAUUUGUUGGUGCUUAUGGAUGUGAUGGUUGUUUUUAGCCUUGAUGCUAACGAAUGAGUGGGAGGACAUGGCGUCCCAUCCUUUCAAAAUAAAACUCAUAAGCUAAGAUAAGAGAUGCGUCCAUUUUCGCGGCCAGUCAAGUGCCUCUGAGGAGAAUUUCUUCUGAACAUCUUUAAAGUCUUUGUUGCUUUAGUAAACAUGGGCCUUAGUCACUGACAUAUGGUUAUCCUUAUCACACAUGUAGGAAUACAGACCCCCUGACAGCAGAGCUUCCUGCCUCUUUUUAGUCAUGUUUUGGUGAGUUUCUUUACUCUCAACUACCCAACAUUAAAAAGAAAUGUCCUUUUGAACUGAAAGCCUAUACGGUAGUUUGAGGGUCAUUUAUCCCCAAAACUAAAGUCCACUGCUCUGAAACGCGGCUUCCAGACUCCAUCAUAUGUUUUAUAUUUAUCUUAUCUGCACCAUGCAUGUUGAGUUGUUGGAGGAGCACGCGACAUAAGAUUUUCAUUGCCAACAUAUACGCUGUAUCUGCUGUGCAUAUGACCAAUAACACCUUGAAACCUAUAUUGGGGUUUCCGAGGCAUGUUGUCAGGGGGUCCUCCUUUACAGACUUUAACCUAAACACACAGGUGUGUAAAGACGGCUGCCUCGACGCCUUUUACGUAAAACAACAAGGGUAUGUCUCUUUAUAUUGCCUUAAAUAUGAAUAAUUGAUCAUUAAAAACUACCUUUAAGGGCCAGUGGGUAAUAUUUUGGGGGAUUUAGUAGCAGAAAUUGCAAAAGAUAUUCAUGCAAUCUGCAACGCUAAAUCCUGAACACUGCACUCCAUUUAAGAGGAACAUAUGCUGUAUUUAUUAGCAUUAGCAUAUUAGCAUUAGGUGCCCCAAAAGUCCUAAACAUAACAUGAGUUAUAUUUAUUUUGUGCACUAAUUUAAUGAAACAAUUUUUAAAAACAUACCUCUAAUUUUAAAAGUAAUUAAAAUUAAACCUGACCGUGUGCACAAACUGAGAGGCGGCCAUCUUUAAACCCACGAUAAUGAUGAAGAUGAUGAUGAUGGUGGUGUGAAAUGUAAAUCUUGUACCUUUAUAUUUCACUGUUGUAGCUCAAAUGUAGAACACAGACAGACUUGUACUACUGAUUUCAACAAAAAAAAUAAUGUGUACGACUGGUUUUCAUUACUGUAAAGAAACAGCCAGUCCUUUUUCGACUGGAAGAGGUUUUUUGGUAUUUAAAAUAUAUAAACAUAUAUGUACAACAGGUGAGAGACGUAUGCCUAGACAGGAAGUACUACCGUUUAAGAAAAUAAAGGCCCAGUUUCUUUCACGUCCUCUUGUAAAGCUGUUAUUUUAUUUUCUUAUUUUCUACGAUCACUGUAACGUACGUGUUGGAUUUACAGUGAAAUCCCCCUGUUAGGAAUGACCAUGUUUUUUUUAUUUUGAAACAGUGGUGGUUUGUAGAGAUAAACUGUGUGUGUGUGUGUGUGUGUGUGUGUGUGUGUGUGUGUGUGUGUGUGUGUGUGUGUGUGAUCUUUUCUUAUCUAUUUUCAUAAACUGUAUAUCUCUUUGUGUAUCUAUCUUCCUCUAGACCCAGUGCCGGAUCAUUAUCGUGUGAAUGAAUGUAGUUAGCCACACACACACACACACACACACACACACACACACACACACACACACACACACACUCACACAUCACUGUAGA